AUGCCUCCGACAUUCCUGCUGCUGCCGCCAUUGCUGCUGCUGCUGCUGCUGCCACUGUGGGGAGCCCCCCAGGCUCUGGCUCAGAGGCGCCAGCAGCAGCCCGUGACAGCUCAGGAGGGGCUGUGUGCCCUUGUGCCCUGCAGCUUCUCGAACCCUUACAGCCUCUAUGUGGGAAAGAGAUACGGGUUCUGGUUCCAGAAAGGGGCAGAUGUAAACCAGGACCCUCCAGUGGCCACGAACAAAGCACAGGUGACGCUGCAGGAGAGGACCCGGGGCCGGUUCUCCCUCAUCGGGGACCCCCAGGGUGGCAACUGCUCCCUGAGCAUCAGGGACGUGACCAUGGGGGACAGGGGGACGUAUAUCUUUGCAACGGACAAGUUCAGCGGUGGUAAACACAUCUACGCAGAGAAGCAGUUCUCCCUGAAGGUGAUAGCGCUGACCCAUAAGCCCCACAUCUACAUCCCGGGGGCCCUGGAGUCCGGCCGCCCCAGGAACCUGACCUGCUCUGUGCCCUGGGCCUGUGAGCGGGGCACGCCCCCCAUCUUCUCCUGGACAUCAGCCGCCCUCGCCUCCCUGGGCCCCAGGACCCUCCUCUCCUCGGCGCUCAGCCUCACCCCCCGGCCCCAGGACCACGGCACCCCCCUCACCUGCCAGGUGACCUUCCCCGGAGCGGGCGUCACUGUGGAGACGACCGUGCGGCUCAACGUGACCUAUGCGCCUCAGCACGCAGCCAUCAACGUCUUCCAAGGGAACAGCACCGCCCCGGAGAUCUUGCCAAAUGCUUCCUCCCUCACCAUCCUGGAGGGCCAGGCUGUGCGGCUACGCUGUGUGGCCGAGGGCAACCCGCCGGCCAAGCUGAGCUGGUUCUGGGGCUCCCCAGGUCUGAACGCCACCCCCAUCUCCAGCUCCUCAACCCUGGAGCUGCUUCCAGGGGGGACCCCAGAAGAAGGGGAGCUCACCUGCCUGGUCCAGCACCCCCUGGGCUCCCAGCGCAUCUCCCUGAGCCUGCGUGUGCAAUCACCCCCGCGGCUGCUCGGCCCCUCCUGCUCCCCGGAGGAUGAGGGUCUGCUCUGCCUCUGCUCUGUCCGAGCCCGGCCGGCCCCCUCCCUGCGCUGGCGGCUGGGGGAGCAGCUGCUGGAGGGGAACAGCAGCAACGCCUCCGUGGAGGUCACCUUCAGCCCCUCGGGGCUCUGGGCCAACAGCUCCCUGCGCCUCAGCGGGGGGCUCAGCACCGCCCUCAGACUCAGCUGUGAGGCCCAGAACCCCCAGGGGACCCGCAGCGCCGCCCUCUUGCUGCUGCCAGGGAGAGCAGGUGAGGACGUGGGCUUGGAGGGAGAGGCCGGCCUGGAAGGGCAGAGCCACAAGUCUCAGCUGGGGGGACCUGGGCUGGGUGAAGGCAGGGACCUGCAGGGAGAGAGCAGCGCAGCCGGCAGGGAGGGGGAGCUCGCGCACAGAGAACACAGCCCAGGAGGCAGGUUCCGGGGCGCGGUCUCCAGAGAGAGCCAGGAGCUGCACUACGCCUUCCUCAGGUUUCACAAGCUGGAGAAUCAGAGGCGGGAAGACAGUGACACUGUGUACUCAGAGAUCAAGACAGACAAGUGA